AUGGCCUCAAUGGGUUCAAUCCAACCCUACGGGCACCUCAUCCGGUCAGCCCGGACCAACCUCACCUACGUGCCACGCCGCACCCUGACAUCAACAGUCAUCCGGUAUGCCCAGGAGGGUAACAAUGACAGCAACGCUCCCAACAACAACAAGCCCACCCCCGAGUCCCAGCCGCAGCAACAACCCUCCAAGCCGUCCGCCCUCUCCUCCAUCAAGAACUUCUUCUUCGGCGGCAGCAAAUCCGAUGCUCCGAAGCCCACGAUCCGCCCGGUCACCGCGCCCCCGAAACGCGAGGGCUCUCUCGGCACGGACUCUAUUUUCUCGGAGGAUGAAGCCGGCCCGAAGCUGAUCACCACCGGGCGCACUCCGACGAGCCGCAAGACCGCCAGCACCACCGGCACCGGCACCGGCGCCACCGCCGACGGGAACGGGCCCACGGAGGAGGAGCGGGCGGCGGCGGCGGCGCAGCGGACGUUCGCGGUCGAGAAGCGCGACCGGUCGAUGCUGCAGGCGGUGCUGGACCCGAAGCCGCGGACGCGGCUGCGGUGGGAGAAGAAGAUGGUGAUCCGCGAGGUGCGGCGCCGGGGCCGGCUGACGCGGGCGGAGCAGAUCAUGCGCACGGAGCGCGAGUCGUUGGUCAAGUCGCACUUCUUCAAGACCUCGAUCAAGAAGCUGGGCCCCCUGUGCCGCCAGAUCGCCGGCAAGAGCAUCGACGAGGCCAUCCUGCAGAUGCGCCUCAGCAAGAAGAAGGCCGCCAAGGAGGUCCUCGAGCACCUCAAGCACGCCAAGAACAUCGCCAUCGUCCGCUCCGGUAUGGGUCUGGGCGCCGUCGUCCCCAAGGUGGAGGCUGAGGAGGCCGAGGAGGCCGCUCCCAAAAAGCCCACCCCCCAGCCCGUCACCAUCACCCUCAAGGACGGCUCCAAGAAGACCAUCACCGACCCCACCGCCAUCUACAUCGACCAGGUCUGGGUCAACCGCGGUCCGUACGGAUACGAGGCCGACCACCGCGCCCGCGGUGUCAUCAACAUGAUGCGCCCUCCCCACACCGGUAUGUCCGUCCUGCUGAAGGAGGAGGCCACCCGCAUCCGGGAAUGGAAGGAGCGCGAGGCCCGCGAUCUCCGUCGCCGCAAGGCCCAGCUCUGGACCCCGCUCCCGGAUCGCCCCAUCACCCAGCAGAACCAGUACUACUCCUGGUAG